AUGGCGGCCCUACUCUCGUUCCACAAGAGCAUACUCGAGAAGCUGCAUGACCCCUCUACUAGCGAAUUGCUUCUGUUAGCACGCGGUCUAGGUCUUCGAAGGAUUGUUUGCAAGCUCCUCCAAAUAUAUGACUCUCCGAACAACCUCGUCCUACUUGUCAACGCCUUUCCCGAAGAGGAAUCAGCUAUCGGCGAAGAACUGGGCGUCAUGGGUUGUCGGAAGCCAGGCCUCCGUAUUAUCGGCUUUGAAACGGUAAAGAAGGACAGACAGGACCUUUACAAGAAAGGGGGACUCGUAUCCUUGACUUCUCAAAUAUUCACGGUAGACAUGCUAACGUCCGACAUACCUACGGAGCUUAUCACAGGUAUCAUCAUGCUACAUGCCGAAAAGGUGACUCCAACUUCGGCAGAAGCCUUCAUUGUGCGCUUGUAUCGGGAGAAGAAUCAGACUGGCUUCCUGAAGGCAUUCUCGGAUCAACCUGAGCAGAUCACAAGCGGAAUGUCUCCAUUGAGAACCAUACUAAAGGAGCUGCAAAUACGCACAGUUCACAUAUAUCCUCGGUUCCAUGUAGAAGUGAAGCAGUCAAUCGACGUGAAGAGGCCAGACUUGGUAGAGUUGGAUCAAGAAAUGACAGAGUAUAUGGCCGAAAUACAUACUGCCAUCGUACAAUGCAUGAGCACUACGCUCUCGGAACUCAAGCGUGCCAAUACCUCGUUGGACCUCGACGACCUAACAAUUGACAAUGCUUACUUCAGAUCAUUCGAUAUGAUCGUUCGACGGCUCCUAGAUCCAGUAUGGCACAAGGUCGGCCCCAGGACCAAGCAACUCGUCAGUGACUUGGCUACAUUACGACGCUUACUCACUUAUCUCCUUACAUACGACACUUUCUCGUUUCAAUCGUACUUGGACACCUUGAUAGCGUCUAACACAUUCACAGAUUCUGGCGCCGCUCGUCAACACCAAUCGCCGUGGAUGUUGACGGAUGCUGCGAACAAUAUAUUCCUCUAUGCGAAGCGGCGAUGCUACACAGUCAGCAAGUUGACGAAGAAGACAUCUGCAACUCCUCAAGUCACCAGUACGAUGGAAGAAGAUGAAGCGUGGGCUGUUGUAGAUGAACUUGACGGACAGACAGGGAGCUCUCAUGCCCGACAACAGGCAACAAAGGCCGGCUCUGAAGAGUCCGCGCGGCCGUAUUGGCUCCCUGAGGGCAUCGACCCCGUUCUAGAGGAACUUCCUAAAUGGACACUGCUCGCAGACGCUCUGCAGGAAAUCGAGCAGGAAAUGAUCAAUCGGCAGCCCGUGAUGACUUCUCUUUCCCCUGGCACGAACACCGUCCUCAUUAUGACAUCCUCACUGCAAGAGUGCACGCUCCUCAACGAGUUUCUUUCCACAAUGGACGCAGAUGCUCCUCCCGGCUCUCGCGCGCGCAAGAUGAUGGAGGAAAGAUUACAUUUGUACCUAUGGUGGAGGAGCAACCUGAGUGGCCGAAAACAAGAAGGAAAGGCGCUUUUUGCGAUGUCGAAGAGCAGAAAGGACAGGGAUGAUGCUGAAAAUAAUGUGAGCGAGGCGUUGAAGAAAAAGGACCAAGAGAAACGUGAACGGGCUGCGAAUAGGAGGCGUGUGAGGGGCGGUAUGCCAAGUACAACCUCGACAGGAAGAGACGUCGCGAGCACAGGCCAGCCAGGAGGACCACGCGGAGGAGAGGAAGCAGAACAGCUGGCAGCGUUCCUGUCAACACAGAUCGACGCCCCUUUACCAGGACGAGCGGAAGAAGACUUGACAUCGCUAGACUUCGCCACUGACUUCGACAUGCACUACGGUCUGCUGGCGCCCGAACAGACAGUGUUGGUGCGAGCGUACUCUGAUGACACGGAUGAUAGAAUGCUCCAAGAGAUCCAGCCGCGCUUCAUCAUAAUGUUCGAGCCGAAUCUAGAGUUCAUUCGGCGUAUUGAGGUCUACAGGAAUGCCAAUGCUGGAUUGGGUGUGCGAGUGUAUUUUAUGAUGUACAGGAUGAGCUGCGAAGAGGGCAAGUAUCUGACUGGACUGAGGCGGGAAAAGGAGUCGUUUGAGCGACUGAUCAAAGAGCGAGGGUCUAUGCUCAUGCCCAUACUUGAAGACCGAAGACAAGGCUCAGGAGAGUCGCUCCUCAAAACCAUAAGCUCGCGGAUAGCAGGUGGUAGGAAGGAACUAUCCACUGAGCCCUCUCGGGUCAUUGUCGACAUGCGAGAGUUCCGCUCCUCCUUGCCUUCACUGCUCCAUGCAUCCCACCUGCUCAUAACGCCGGUUACGCUGACCGUCGGAGACUACAUCUUGACUCCCGACAUUUGUGUUGAGCGGAAAAGCAUACCGGAUCUCGUGUCGAGUUUCAAUAGUGGACGCCUAUAUACACAAUGCGAGUUGAUGUCGGCACAUUACAAGCAACCGAUCCUUCUUAUCGAGUUCGAGGAGCACAAGUCAUUUUCCCUGGAAGCUGUCGCAGAUGUCAAGUCCUACGCAAAACAGACAGGCAAAUACCCCACGAAGAAGAAGCCAGGCGGCCCCUCCGAGAACGACACCAGCCUAGCAGCAUCGAUCCAGUCCAAGCUCGUCCUACUCACGCUGACUUUUCCCCGCGUGCGCAUCAUCUGGUCCUCCUCGCCCUACGCCACCGCCGAGAUCUUCCGCGACCUCAAGGCGAACAGCCCCGAACCCGAUCCUGCGAAGGCGGUCACCGUCGGCGCGGAGGAAGACCCAGACGCAGGCGCGGGUGUCAACGCCGUGGCAGAGGAACUAUUGCGCACGCUGCCAGGCAUCACGGCGAAAAACGUCAAACAUGUCAUGAGCAAGGUGGAGAGCGUGCGUGCGCUGUGCGAGCUGAGCUUGCCGCAGGUGCAGGAGAUCCUGGGCGUGGAGCCAGGCAAGGCAUGUUGGGAGUUCAUACACAGGGGAGAAAGGAGACGAUGA